UAACUGGCGGCCGCAACUUAAUAUCUCGCAGCCGCCACUUAAUCAUCUGAAUUAUCUGACGCUAUCAGUCAGACCAAAGACUCGAAGCUUUGGAGAAGGAAAUCUUCACAGGUGAGCUCGCUGUUCCCGCUUUAAUUUUUGGUUUGCUUAGUUCUAAUAACGCCAGGUAAUGAAAAAUCCCUCCCUGUAGGCCAAUAUUGCCAAAGCUUUUGGCAGAUGAGAUGUAUUGCUUUUAAUAGCCUUUAGUACCGUAGUGUUAUCAUGCAUAAUGCAUGAGGCCCCUGAUUGUCUCGACUCUGCCUGUGAUUAUGACAAAGCGGCUGAUUUUUGCUACUAAACACUAAUAUUUUCACGGUAUGGUGUUCAAAAUGUGUAUGUAGUAUACAUGUUGUAUUAUUUUGCUCACACAGAUAAGCUAUGGAUCAAGAUAUUAUAGCCACGUAUUUCCAUUUGGGUCUCAGCUACACGGAAAUUUUGUAUGCGCUUGCUCUAAACCACCGAAUCGUCAUAAGUCUUAGGACACUGAAAAGACGCUUGCGUCAGCAACGUCUGUUUCGACGCAAACACUUCACUGACAUUCUGGAAGUCGCUGACUUCAUUUUUGAUCAGAUCAAUGAAAGUGGAAUUAUGCAUGGAUACAGAUGGAUGCAUUUGAAAUGUCUGCAAGCUGGCAAAGUCGUUCAACGAGACACGGUUUAUGCCGUUAUGAAGAUCCUAGAUCCUGAUGGUCUGCAACUUCGGAGAAGAGGCAGGCUCAUAAGAAGGGAAUACUUCGCAAGGGGACCCAACUACUUGUGGCACCUGGACUCCUAUGACAAACUUAAGACGUAUGGGUUGCGCAUCAAUGGGUGCAUUGAUGGGUUUUCGCGUCAGAUAGUUUGGCUAAACGUAUAUCGCACGAGCAGCGAUCCUAAGGUGAUUGCUGGAUAUUACAUGGAAGCAGUGAGCGCUAUGGAGGGAUGUCCAAGUAUGAUCAGAGGAGACAUGGGAACCGAGAACGGGCGUGUGGCGAUGAUGCAAGAGUUCUUGUCGGAGCAGAAUAGCUUCAUAUAUGGGAAAAGUACUCACAAUCAGCGGAUAGAGGCUUUUUGGUGUAUGCUGCGUAAAGAAUGCACACAAUUUUGGAUUGAUGCUCUGAAGACAUUGAAGGAUGUUGGCGAUUUCACAGGAGACUCUCUAGACACAGGUCUUGUCCAAUUCUGCUUUAUGAGUUUGGUCCAGAAUGAUCUUGAUAGGAUGUCGUCUGUCUGGAACUGCCAUCGCAUACGACGUUCAAAGAAUCAGAACGUUCCCAACGGAAGACCUGUAGUUCUCUUCUCCAUGCCAGAAUUGUUUGGCCGACGUGACUACUUGAAGCCAGUUGACCAGGAACAUAUCGAAGCCUGCUGCACCGAGUGUACCUUCAGGGAUGGCCUUCCGUGUGACGAGGAGUUAUUUGAACUCUUCAUUAUUUACAUGACUGAACAUUCUUUGGAACAUCCUGGCAAUGUAGAGCAGGCACUGCAGCUAUACCACGCGCUGCGUGAUGCCAUUCGACAGGAUCUGGAACAGUAAUAUAUAGACCUAUAUAGUUUCUCACAAUACUGUCAGUGUCGGUGAUACCUGCUGCCCAGAAACGACUUGUGGAUCAGUAAUGAGAUGAAUUAUUGAUGUUAUAUGAAAACCUCCAAU